AUGUCCGGCCACUUCAUGUUGAUGAUCGACCGCUCCAAAAGCAACCACCUUCCCUCACUACAUUACAUCAAACGCGGUAUGGAGGGGCCCGAUUUAAAACGCAAAGUAGCCCCAACUGGCUCUCCUUCGGCAACUCCACCAUUGGAAGAUGGCUUCACCAAGGUGGAGAAGCGGAAAAAGAAGCGUCUCGACAAGCAUCGCCCUCAGUUUCAGUACGACACGAGCUACUUCCGCACAGGGAAGAAAAUUGGUAUAGCACACAUUCGCGACCUGUCUCUGUACAUCGCCGCCGACGCUCAGAAGCCUUCCUGGAUUGUUGUUGACAAUCCUUCUUAUGUUUCCCAUACCGUUGUGGUACUGGCAACGGGCCUGCUUCCGUCUCAUCUCGGACUUCCCACUAUGAGCCCCGCGGCUUCUUUGCCUUUCCUUACGCGACCUUCUUCUUUUGCACCGGGAGAUCUGCCGCCAGCUCAAGUGCCAACGAUUCCGAAACUCUUCAUGUACGGCUGCCCUGUGCGGGCGCCUGGAGACCAGCGAAAGCUUCACAGCGUAAUGGGAACAUUGCUGCAGAGUCCUUUACCAGAGUACCUGAAGCGGAAGAGGGAUGCCGACGCGAAGCGCGUGCUGGGUAGGUGA